AUGGACGGUCCGGCUCUGCCGACUGGUGGGGGUGAAAACGAAGCCGGCACUGUUGGCCAGCAGGCCCAGCAGGAGGCAGCAGCUGCUGCAGUAGAGGAGCAGCGCGUGGAACAGGAUCUUGUUUCGGCGCUGGAAAGGCUCCCGCUCCGCAAUCCCAUGUCGAUCGCUUCUCUUCUCAAUCCGGCUGAGGAGGAGGAGACGGCGCAUGCGGAGCUGACCGAUGCCGAAAUCAUCAAGCUUGUCGAGGAUCCGUAUGGGGAGGAGGAAGGUGCUGCUGAGGCGGAGGAGGAGGUGGAAAAGCAUUCGAAGACUGAAAAGCUUGCCAGCCUUAGUCUAUCCAUCGCCCUUCUCGACCUUUCUCAGGAGUCCCAUCGUAUAGCUCACCGGACCCUUCGCCAAGUCCAAGCUGAUCUCCGUAGUGCGAGCACCACUCAGGCCACACUUGAUUCCUGGCUGAAGUAG